UCUGUUUCCAGAGCAGCCGUGCUCAGAUCCCUCGCCAAGCCUGCCGCUCUUACGAGUGCACCCAGAUUCGCACAGAGCAUUCCAGUAAGAUGGAAUUCUUCCAAGGCUGAGGAAGCCAAACCCGCUGCUACGGAGGCCGCGGAGGCCGCGUCUGAAAGCGAGGCUUCUCAGGAUUCUGCCGAACCCGCGGAGGAUCCCGUGACGGCCGAAUUGAGGGAGAAAUUGUUGCAGAAAGACAAGGCGUUGGCCGAAAUGAAGAACCACUACGCCCGCUCGAUCGCCGACUUCCGCAACUUGCAGGAAACCACAAAGAAGGAGAACCAGAAAGCCAAAGACUUUGCCUUGCAGAAAUUCGCCAAGGAUUUGUUAGAGUCCGUGGACAACUUUGCGUUGGCCUUGAACUCGGUCAAGCAGGACACCUUGGAGGCCCACCCCGAGAUGAAGAACUUGUUUGACGGCGUCUCGAUGACCAGAAACGUGUUUGAGAAGACCUUGGAGAAGCACGGCAUCCAGAAGAUCGACCCUAUGGGCGAGCAGUUCGACCCCAACCACCACGAGGCGACAUUUGAGAUUCCUCAGCCCGACAAGGAGCCAGGUACCGUUUUCCACGUGCAGCAGCCAGGUUUCACCUUGAACAGCAGAGUCUUGAGACCCGCCAAGGUGGGUUUGGUCAAGGGCCAGGAGUAAAUGGAGACGGGG